AAUCUUAUCGUCUCCUCGAAGCUUUCUCCCAAACUGCUCGUCCAUGGCGUUCGCCACACUGGUGGGAGUGGGAGGCCUAUCGCCUGCCCUCUUCUCCCCCUCCCGCCCCCUCUCCUGCUCCAGCUCCACCUCCGUCUCGGCCCCGUUCAUCCUCCGCGCCGGCGGCGGCGGCGACGCCCGGCGGCAUGGCCUCCGACGCCUCGUCACCCCACUGAGAGGGAGCGCCUGCAGGGGAGAGAGUACGAACUCACGUGUACUCCAGUGUGCCAAUGAGGCUAAUGUGGUGACCGAGGAUGACAUUGUGAACGAUGGUAUCGAUGAUGAAACCGCUUCCGAUGCUGAAAUGGAUGAGGAUGCUGAAGCAAAUGGUGAUGAGUCGUCAGGCACUGAUGAAGAUGCUUCUGUCUCCUGGAUAGAGCAGCAGCCUCUUCCUUAUCCUUCAGAUGCCCUAGAGCCAUACAUCAGCAAGGAGACGGUGGAACAGCACUGGGGAGUUCAUCAGAACAUUCACGUCGAGAGGCUCAAUGGCAUGAUUGGUGGCAGUGAGUGGGAGGGGAUGUCGCUGGGGCAGAUGAUGCUAUCCUCCUUCAAUGAGGGCAGGGAGGCACCCCAUCCCCCCUUCUUCCAUGCUGCACAGAUAUGGAACCAUGAUUUCUAUUGGCGAUCUAUGCAACCUGGUGGCGGGGGAAAACCCCCAGAACGCCUUUUGAAAUUUAUCAACAGGGACUUUGGAUCCUAUGAUGGCAUGAUUCGACAAUUUAUGGAUGCUGCAUCAACUCAAUUUGGUUCUGGAUGGGUUUGGCUUUGUUACAAAACAAGCAAGUUGCCUCAUGUGAAAUCAAGAAGCCCAAUCCCAUCUGAUAAUUAUGGUAGACUGGUCAUCUCAAAGUCUCCGAAUGCCAUCAAUCCUCUUGUCUGGGGUCACUCUCCACUCCUUGCAAUUGAUCUUUGGGAGCAUGCAUACUACCUGGAUUAUGAGGAUCGGAGAUCUGACUAUGUCUCCACAUUUCUAGAGAAGCUUGUGUCAUGGGAAACUGUUGAGUCCAGGCUUAAGAAGGCCGUACAACGGGCAGUAGAAAGAGAUGAAUAUGUUAGCACAAAGCAUAUAAGGAAGCAACUUUUAGCUCGGGCAAAGAGCCAAAUCAGAGCUAUGCCUCAGCAGGUCAAUGGGGAUGCAAGAGAGCAGACCAGCGGUCAAGAGAAGUCCCUAGGGGUGUGACAACGGAGCCAAGUAAGCUACGGCAGGUGGGUCAUGUUGCCGAGUUGAACCAUGGGGAUGAUGGACUUGUAACACAGGAAGCUAGAGCAGCUGAUCAAUCUUCAAGGUAGCAGUAUCCGAAGAUUGUAUGCACAUACUGUGGGCAACCCUUUGCUUAAUAGCAAAUGUUGUCGUACAGGCAGCUUCACAGUUUCUGUCGCUGUCGAUGAAUAGAUCUGUAGUUCGUGACACUGCAGCAAAUACAAGUCACAAACCCAGAGUCAUGUGCGAGCUAAAUUUUGAUAGGAGUAAUUAGGUUUGAGUAUCAUAGAGAUAGACAAGAAUUAGUCACUUGGAGCAAAUGAGCCUGACAUCUUGUAUUCCUGUGCUGUCCAUGUUUGAAUCCUGAACUUCUGAUUGACAAACCAAAGAAAAUUGUAGUUCCGAAGAAAUACAUCACUGGUGUCAGUAA